GACUGCCGCAGUUGCCACAAGGCCCAGUUAUGCUAUAUUUACGCGGCCCAAAAGCAUCCUGGAACAGAUCAAGGCACAGGAGGACAUCCAGGACGGCGAUUUAGGUCCAAACUACAAUGACUGGCCGUUCAUUCUGUCCAAGAAAGCCUCGUAUAUCCAAGCUCGGCUUCUCAAGCGGCACCCGAGGACAUCGUGGAUUGCUGAUUACGGCGUUUUCCUUGUCGAGAUAGAUCGCGAAACGGGUGCUGAAGGUCCAACUUCUUGGUGUUGUGGUCUCUGGAGAAGUCUACGCUGUCAAGGCGACAUCGAAAGAGAAGGACCGUAUUGCCGCAACAACGUGAUG